UACAGCAGAGACACAGCAGAGCUGAGAAGCAGACCUACCUGGACUUACGUGAGGUUGGAUCUGUGCCAUAACACACAGCAAAAAUGAAAAUUGCUUCAUUCAACAUUCAGAAGUUUGGCCGUAAUAAAGCAUCUGACCCAAACAUCAUCAGAAUCCUGGCUAAAAUUGUGUCUCGUUAUGACAUAAUUCUGAUCUUGGAGGUGGUGGACAACAGUGGAACCUCCAUCAAAACUCUGCUAAAGGCAAUUAACAAAGCAAACAGAAAACAUCACUACAGCCUCCAGAUCAGCAGCAGACUGGGACGGUCCCGCUACAAGGAGCAGUUCAUGUUCCUCUACAGGGAUGACUUGGUGAAUUUGGUUGGCACAUAUCAGUUUGAGGACAGCAAAAUGUUGAACCAAGAUGUUUUUGCUCGAGACCCAUACAUCCUGAGGUUCAAAUGUCCCACGACAGAGCUGCAGGAUUUGGUUCUCAUCCCAGUUCAUACAACUCCAGAUGAAUCCGAAAUCGAACUGGACAAACUCUAUGAGGUGUUUAUGGACGUCAAGAAAAAGUGGAAAACUGAUAACAUAAUGAUUCUUGGGGACUUUAACGCUGAUGGUUCGUACGUUUCUAAAAAAGAAAUGAAGGCGAUCCGUAUCCGUAGCGACAAGAACUUCCACUGGCUCAUCUCAGACAACCAGGACACCACGGCCAGCAAUAAGAACACAAACACCUAUGACAGAAUUGUCAUCUAUGGCGAUGACAUGUUGCAGGCUGUUGUUCCAGGAUCGGCCAAACCAUUCAACUUUCAGAAAGCCUACGGACUCUCAGACGAGCUGGCAUUAGACGUGAGCGACCACUAUCCUGUCGAGGUCACACUCAAGUCCAAAAUCCCAGAUGACGAGGAGGUGGAAUUGGAUGAGGCCCAGUUGUUGCAUGCUCUAGUGUCCUCAGUGGUAGUGGAUGAAGAGAUCCUGGCUCUGCAGAAGGGAAACCUGCUCCUGGAGAGAGAAAAACUCAACCUCGAGAUUGAAAUGCUCAAAAUCCAGAUGGAGAAACUCAAAUUAGAUUUAAACUCAGCAAAGAAUGUGUCAACAGUUAAUUAAAUGGAAGAGGUGAUUGAACCAGGGACAAAUGAGGACAAAGGACUGAACCAGGACUAAACCAGGAUUAAACCAGGACUAAACCAGGAUUAAACUAGGGUGAAACCAGGACUAAACCAUGACUAAACCAGGGUUAAACUAGGGUGAAACCAACCUCACACAAGUUACCUCUUCUAAGAUCAAGUGCUCAAAUUACUUUUAUUGAUUUAUUCAUUUACACAAUUAUUGUUAUUGAUCCAUACUUUUCAGUUCAUACUUUUGUUAAUAA